GAGAGUGGUGGACCUGUAGCACUGUAGAAAGUGAGACACACUGAGAGCCUCACAGCCAAUCUGAACACACACAUACAGAGACACACAGACCAGCAGGUAGCCCUGAAACUUAGUGGACACACUCAGUCGGCCUCAUUCAUUCUCACUCUCUAACAAACUCGGUCAGCAGCAGCAGCAGCAUGUCCCGGUGGAGGCUCCCCCAGGCCGUGUGUGUACUGUCGGCCUGCGUGUUACUGGUUCUCGCCUAUGAGGAUGAUAUUGAGGUCAACUACGCUGACACAAGUUACUACAAUGAAAUCCCAGAUGGAGAUACAACAGAACCCACACCGAGUCCAGCCCCCUGCAGUUCUCCGGACCUGACCAAAUGGGACAAAAUGUUCUCCAUGUUGGAGAACAGUCAGAUGAGGGAGAACAUGCUGCUUCAGUAUGCAGAUGACAUCAUCAAGGUUGAGAUGGGGUCACUGCGCGGAGAAAUGCUCAGGUUUGUAGCCCAGUACGGUGGUUCCUGUGGGGUUGCAGUGGAGACAGCAGGAAGGAGGAUGGCCCUGCAGCUGGAGGCUCGCCUCAGAGAAACUCUGGAGCGCCUGAGAGCCAAAGAUCAGACUUCUGCCGCUGCUGGGAAUUCUGUCGGGAAUUCAAAUCACCUGGAGGCGAUGCUGCAGCAGCUCCUCUCUGCAGCACGAACACAAGCUUCCCGAUUCACCAAGCUGGAGAACAGCUGCUUCAGCAGUCCAGGAUCUGGGAUGGGGUUGAAUGCAAAGACAGAAUCCCAGCUUUCAGGCAGCGGAGGGGCAGGGCUCCGGGAGCAAGAGGUCACAUCACAAGUGGUGGCUUUAGAUGGAGUGCUGGUUGCGCUUCAACAGACAAGGGUGGAACUGGGGGAGGUGCUGAGGUCAUCGAGGCAAAGAUACCUACCCGCAGGUUGCGAGAUGGCGCUGCUCUUCCCUAUGCGUUCCCGUCGAAUCUACACCUCUGUCAUUCCAGGCGUCCCUCUCUCCGUUUCCUCCUUCACUGUCUGCAUGUGGGUGAAGCCGACCGCUGUCUCCAACAAAACCGUGCUGUUCUCCUAUGGCACCCGCCGCAACCCAUAUGAGAUCCAGCUGCUGCUCGGUCACACCUCUGCGCUCUUCACCAUCGGAGGAGAGGCUCACCUGGUGGAGGCACGGGGUGUGGUGAAUCCAGGAGGCACAUCAGAGUGGAUCCACUUGUGCGGGGCUUGGUCAUCUGAGCAGGGGCUGGCGUCCCUGUGGGCAGGUGGGAAAAAGGUGGCGUCCACACCCGGAGUGGCAGAGGGACACGUCUUACCCGAUGGAGGCUCACUCCAGCUGGGGCAAGAGAGGAACGGCUGCUGCCCUCAGUCUCCAAGCAGCAACAUGGCAGGGUUUGAGGAAGGGUUCGAUCCUAAGAUGGCGUUUGCAGGGAAGAUGACUGGAGUGAACAUGUGGGACAGGGUGCUGUCAGAGGAGGAGAUUUCCCAGCUGGCUUUGCAGGAAGGUCAGGGCUGUGAGAAGAGGGGGAACAUGGUGGCUUGGGGAGUAACGGAGAUGGUGCCACAUGGUGGUGCUCAGUUCAUCAACUAAUAGAUUCGCACUCAUCGUGGUGGAAAUUCACAUCAUCACCAUUAUUGUGAAUAUCAGCAGUAUUGUGAAAAGCUUCCAUGUCGAAACUGAAGAGAGCAACUUACAACUGCUUUUAUCAUCUUUGUUCCCAGUAGUUAAAUGUUUUAAUUAUUACAUUAUUAUCAUGACUGUUUUUUCCUUCAUCUCCAUCGUUACUAUCAUGAACCCAAAUGCUGCAAUGAACUUUAAAUGAGAGAAAGCCAAUACUGUGAGAAAAUUUAUGUUUGUAACAUAACCUGUUAAACUGAGGCCAUAAAACACACGCACACACGCACACAGAGACAGAUGUACAUUCAGCAUAGAAAACUUGUACUGCAGCCGGAAAAGUGCUGCAUUUACCAAAGACUCAAUUAGACUGCAAGAACAACAAAGUGUCUAUUGUUAAAGUGAACGAGUUCUGAGCCAGUAAACAGAGUAAUCAGCCGACAGCCGCAGAGGAGAGGAAAACAAAAGGUCACAGACAAUUACAUGAGAUUAUCUUGUAACUGUAGUGAUGCAGUUUUGAGAGCAAUGAUGUAUUUUCUCUCUUUCGAACUAGAUUUCUGCAGAAAUGGCAAGUGCAGUUAAACAAUUAUCAAUGCAAACAGCUUUUAAACAAUAACAUUAUAAAAUACUUUUUACACUACUACAUUUGCUGUAUUUCAGGUACAAUUAUUAGAAGUUGGAGAUUGACUGUUAUCUUUUCCAAUUGCAAUUAAUAGCAAAGAUAACAUACUAACAUGUUUGUAAUGUGUUGUAAUGGAGAGCACAACUUCUGAUGUACAAAAUAUCUGUGUGACUGAAAACUGCUGUACUUGCUUUCAUCUCAAGCAUGGACAACCAGCAACUCAAGAGCUUCAAAACUUAACAGUUUUAGCAAUAUGUUAUUUCAUUUGCAUAUUUUUCCUGAAUUUGUGAAAGCUUUUCAAGCAUUUUAAGAACUUGCAUUUUCAAAUAGUACUCAUCAAAAUGUUUACAUUCAUAUGAGUUUCAUAAUUUGAGUUAUGCUUUGUUAGUUUUUUUGUUGUCAUUUAAUUUUAGGGUAAUAUAUGUGUCUUCUUUUUUGAUACGUAAAGCUGUUAUAUUUGCAGUGUGAGAUUUACAUUUUUUUUCUUUGAUAAAAGAAACUGAGGACAAUGUUUACACAAUCUAAUCUUCUCUGAACUAAGUUGCCUUGUAUUAUACUGUAAAUUGCUUUUGUUGCUCUUUUGAAAAGGUGAAACUGAAUGUAUAUUGUACAUAAAUCUAUUUUGCAUAACAUGACUGGAUGAAUGGUGAGUGAGGUAUGAAUAAACAUUUCAAGUCUUAGUAUAUUCCCUGCA